GCUAGAUUGACUGGUCUAGUAGGUAGAUGGACUGUCAAGCAAACUGUGGCCCCGCCUUCUAGGCUACAUUACGUCAAGGGGCGGUCCUCUAUCAUGUUCAAUGGAAAAUCUUUUCAUUUGAACAUCUGCACUGACGUAGAAAGUCGGCAAGGCGACUUGAAAAGAUUCAGAGGAGGAGUUCAAACUGCUAUGUCUUAUUCUUGGCAUUUUUGAUAAAAGCUGCUGACACGCCCAGGCAGGCGAUAUACUUUCCUGCUGUCAUUUGAUCAGGCAACGGAUUUAACACAAGUAGCCUACGGGUAGGGCGCCCUUUGAGAGAUCAUACGAUCAGCUGCAGUGAAAUUGGGCGGCCCAGGUAUGGCUGAUCUCCUCCGUGUCCUCCUGAACGUGUCGGAGAAGGCUGCCAAUGUGGCCCGCGUGUGCCGGCAGGAGGGCCCUCUCUUCGAGCUGCUGGUCCAGGAGAAGAAGGGCGACGACAAGAACAAGAAGUUCGUCCAGGACUUCAAGACCCUGGCAGACGUGGUCAUCCAGGAAAUGAUCAGACAUGAUGUUGGAGCUGUGUUUCCUGAGCUGACUGAAUUCAUUCAAGGAGAGGAAUCGAAUAAAUUCGAGAACGGACUUGGUGAGAGUGUGACCGUCACGGUGUGUGGCAGGGAGGAGGAGACGGCGGCCCUGCUGGCCACAGUGCUGGACGGGGACCAGACCGCGGCUGCCCUCCUGGCCCGGGCCAUCCACCAGGACUUGCAGCUCCGGGACCAGGCGGCCGAGGGCCUGAAGCAGCUGCCCGUCAACCCUGCCGACGUGGGCAUCUGGAUAGACCCCAUCGAUGGCACCAGUCAGUACAUUGAGGGGAAAGAGGAGGUGGUACCGGAUGGUGGGUUCUGCUCUUCUGGGCUGCCGUGCGCCUUGGUUCUGAUCGGUGCCUUCCUGAGGUCCACAGGGGAGCCGGUGAUGGGAGUCAUCAACCAGCCUUUCCACCACAGAGACGAAACAGGGAAUGGUUGGAAGGGCCAGCACUUCUGGGGAGUGUCCUGUGGAGGUUUCAGUGCCUGCUCUGUGCCGUGGCCCAAACGCCCGUCUCCGGGCAGAGCGGUGGUGUCGGCCGUGCUGAGCUCGAGCGAGAAGGCUGUGGUGAAAGAGGCCCUGGCGCCCCUGUGCCCAGGUAAGUGCCUGAUGUACGCCUCCGGGGCAGGCUACAAGAUCCUGUGCGUCAUCCUGGGCCUGGCGGAUGUGUACGUCCUCUCCGAAGGCUCCACGUACAAAUGGGACUCCUGCGCCCCGCACGCCCUGCUCCGAGCGCUCGGAGGCGGGAUAGUGGACCUCAGCGCUCCCCCUGCCCGGGACAAGGAAAAGGUGGAGGUGUGGCGUGGGGCUGAGCUGACCUAUCACAAGCCCAACGCCGGGCGCCGAGGUGCGGACCAGUGGGCAAAUCAGGGAGGACUGGUGGCGUACCUUGACCCGGAAGUGCUUUCAGUAGUGAUGGAAGGACUAGCUGGGAAGAUCUGAACUGGAGCUCUGUGUGUCAGUGUGUGCAUUCCAAUAUGCAGACUUCCGUCCUUCCUUGCUCACUUUCCUGCUUGUAACCUCAUGAUGACGUCACCAAUGACAGAAAAUUGAUUCAAUAUCUUGCAAAAGCACAAUUCUAAUGUCAUUUCCUCAUUUGCAAUUGGGGUGGUGAAUGAAGAACAGUCACCCAAAGUGUUGUGGCUAGGCUGACAGAAGGGAAACUUUAUUGUUUUCUCCACGGAGGCGGGGCGUCAGCAACAUGCAAGGCCAUAAGCACAAGUGGAGGACGGAAGUCUGCAUAUUGGAAUGCACACAGUGUUGGGACUCAGCAAGAUGGAGGAAGCUGCUAUCUUUAGGGGCCAUAAAUUCAAUUCCAUGCCAAUAGGGCAUCUCCUUUGUUUUAAUUUUUUUCUAUUAUGCUACUGACUGGUGUUGGUUCAAUCAAGUGCAGAAUGCAGUUUGGUUAAUAUUACAGUAUGUUAUUGCAGGAUAAUCAUUUGACGAGACAUCCUAUAUUCAUAUGCAAUCCUAUAGAAAUCUGUCAGGUAUUAUAACAGUUGCUUUGUACUUCCAACUUGAACCAAAGUACAUUUCAUUGGAAAAGGUGUUUUUAGUGAAGAGGUAUCAAAUGUGUGUUACGAUCUUAUCACGUGAGUGGACGAAGUUGUAUGCAAGACUUACAUGCAAGUGAAAUAAUGUUAGUUUUAUAAGGCAGUAUGUCACUGUUAAAACAAUCAGUGUUGUUAUGUUAUGCAUCUUUUUGUGAUUUGCUUUUUAAUCCUUAUGGAUUAUUUUUUUUGCUGUGUUUUGGAAUUAUUUCAGCACAGCUCACCACAGGUCAAUGCAAACCAGUGCAUACAUGCAUAAUGUUAGAGGAAAGUCAAACUCUAAAUGUACUGGUUACAUUCAAAUAUAUUUUAUUAUACGCAAAAAAUAUUCAUGUUGUAAUAAUAAAGUUUUUACUACUCUGGUAGUAGCAAUGUA